AUGACACCAAACAUUGCCUGUAUCUCGUAUAUUUACUCAAGCUUAGCACAAGCUUCCGUCUCCAACUACACCUAUCCGCACAGGAAUAAUAUGGGCUUCUUCUCUGGCUUGUCCCAUUGUCUCUUCGAUGCUGGGAUCAUGGCUUGGGAUGUGCUCCUCACGGUCUCCAACCUCGUGAGGAGGAAGUACCCCAUAGGUGACGUCACCCCCGAGGGCCACCCAGGCUAUGGAGGGCACUGGCCAGAAUUCAUACCUCCCCAGUUGACCGACUCCCGCUGCUCGUGCCCCGCAUUCAAUGCGAUGGCCAACCAUGGCAUCAUCUCACGCAGCGGCCGUGGCGUCUCGUUUGUCGAGCUCAACAACCAUAUUCAGGCAACCUACAACUUCAGUCCUACCUUCUCUUCUUUCGUGCUGCACUUUCUCGCUCGCAUGCUUAAAAGAAACUUUUGCGAGGAUACCUUUGAUCUAGAAGAAAUCGACCUGCACAAUGGUAUUGAACACGACGCCUCUCUCUUACGUCUCGACGCUGCUCUUCAACCAGACCAAUCGAUAAAACACGUACCUUUCAUUGAGGAGUUACUCGCGGCAGCGACCGGCAAGGACAGGGACGGUAACGAUAUUAUCACCACUAAAGAUUGCUCUAGCAUUCUCGGCAAGCGUCGUGCAGUGGCGCGUGCAGUAAACAAGGAGUUCUCGCUCAGCUUCUUCCACAAGAUCUUUGGUAGCGCGGAGUAUGACAUUAUAUCAUUCAUUUCCAAGCAUCCUUCUGAGCGUUCUGUUAGUGCCUCGAUCCUGGUCACAAUAUUUGGAGGUCGUGUAGACGACCUACGCAGCUUUCUUCUUCAUGAGCGGAUCCCAGCUCUCUGGGAAUCCCGCGUCCGCCAACCUCAUGGAAUGACUAUUAUAAACUUCAACAAGACUGUUUUGAGAGUCGAGGUCGGUGUAUGCGAGAAGGAUUGGGCGCAAGCGGCACGAGAGGCUGCAGAAAGCCACGGUACUGUUACUCUUGGAUGA